AUGCCCCCAAAGAGAGCGCGAAAGAGCUCGCCCACCGCCGAACGUCGCGAGCGCCUGACACUAGCUAAACUGGCCAGCUAUGAUGAUGUCGCAACCGAUGCGCUGGUGGAUCACGCCUAUUUUUGGACCACUACUCGCAAGAACCGCACCAAGUACAGCCCUGCCCGCGGAAUCCACGAUGACGAUAUUGGGCGCAUUCUUCUUCAUGAUGUUAUUGUCGAUAAGGAUAUCCCAACGGCCGAACACAAGUUGUUGGAUAUACCAGGCUUAAAGAAAUACAUGGCGAACCUCCGUAGUCCUCGAGAGAAGGAGUGGUUCCGCCGGCACCUCCGCAAGUACAUUCAGAUGUAUCUUCCAGACUGUCCGUUCGAGGUUACCACGACCAAUCGAUACAUCAUAACGCAACACGAAGCUGCGAUCUGCGCUCGCAGAUUUAUUAAAAAGGGCGAGGAGAUCAAAUACUUGAGUGGAACGCUCGUGUCUAUGACCCAUGAAGAAGAGUUGGAUCUCGGCUUGACCCGUAAAGACUUCAGCAUCGUGAUGUCGAGUCGUCGCAAAGCCCCAUCGUUCUUUCUGGGUCCUGCUCGUUUUGCCAAUCAUGACUGUGAUGCCAACGGCAGCUUGACAACCAGAGGCAACGAGGGUAUGUCUGUCCUAGCCAUGCGUGACAUCCACGAGGGAGAAGAGAUCACGGUUUCCUACGGAGAGGAUUAUUUUGGCGUUGACAACUGCGAGUGUCUGUGUCAUACUUGCGAGAGUGCUGUACGGAAUGGCUGGUCUCCGCAUGUUGACUCAGAGCCAAACAGCAAAGAGUCCAGCCCCAUUUCUGAAGCUACACCGGUUGAAGAUAGCAAUGUGAGCAGGAAGCGUAGACGCAGCUCAGAGGUGGAUGAAUCCGACAGCCCCUCUACUUUGACUUGCUCCACCCCGCGCAAACGUGCAAAGUUCCAACGACAAGUUUCGAAGUUGCGAGAAGAGGUCUCGGUUUCUGAACUUGCUGGGGAAUCAGCUCCAACGCGCGGCUCAGACAACACCCCUAUCCCGGAUACUUUAUUAAUUCCAACUGCUCUUCUGGCGAAGAAUAUACCCCAGGGGUCCGAGUUGAAGAAAGAGAUCACCGAGCUAACUGCAGUGGUAUCGCCAUCCGAUCCAUCAACCUCCCUUCCAAUUGUCACAGGGGCGGGGCAACCAAGCGUGACUGCCCAGGGCGACUCAAAUGGGACAAGUGGUACUAAUUCUACCAUUCCCACGGACUGCGAAUCUCUAAACUCCACUGCCGAUGAAUCCCACCGGUCGUCGACCUCAACUACCCCCACAACCGAGGAUGACUUGGGAACCAAGAUCAAGACAGAAGAAACUACAGUGGAACCGUCUGAGUCGAAAGAACUUAACGGCGAGGAUCAUCCUGAUGCCUCUCCUGAAGGUCAGCCUGUCACCACCCACCCCAUGGACAUUGAAACCGAAGAAGGACAGUCAAACUUAUCAAAUUCCACCAAAUUAGACGACGCCCAUGCCGUUAAGCCCAAGGCGCGAAAGCCUCGCACUAAGCGGCGAUUCAUUAUAGACUCCGUCGAGACAGAGUCGCAAGUUGCCCGAUUCCCUGGAGACUAUACCAAGACAUCACGAUUGCUUGCCCAGAAGUAUGAUCGUUGGGUGGAGUGCCAGACCUGUGAUACAUGGUUCCUCCAGUCAAACUCAUACCUCACGCGACGUGAAUGUCCGCGCUGCGAACGUCAUUCCAAGCUGUACGGAUACCAGUGGCCAUCAACGGACAAAAGCCCGGACGGUGAAGACCGAGUAAUGGAUCACCGCACCAUCCAUCGGUUCUUGUCCCCCGAUGCACAAUCACGUAUCUGUCGUCGAGACCGUGGCGUUAGUUUUGGGAUCACCCCAACCCCCGAGCUGUCCGACACAAACACCCCAGAAACGGAGAAUAGUGAUGCAGCCGAGUCUCGCCGUGAUGCUCGGGCAACUCGGCGUCGCACCAGAGAACUUCGUAUGACUAUGUAA